AUGACCUCCGUGCGCACAAAAGUCGGCCACGGGCUGGCCAAAUUCUUCAACAUCGAGCUCCAGAAGCCUCAACCCUACGAGGAUGAGGUUACAAGGGGCGAGUCUGUGUACUCGACAGACACCUUUGUUGAACAGCCCCCGACCGCUGGAGAGUACUUCCGGGAGCUCGCACCCUCGGGAAAGGAAGUUCUUUCGUACCUCAAGUCCCUGUUCCCCUUCCUGUACUGGAUCGGGAAGUAUAACAUGCAAUGGCUUGCCGGUGAUCUCGUGGCAGGUAUCACCAUCGGUGCCGUCGUGGUCCCCCAGGGUAUGGGCUAUGCCUCCCUCGCAAAUCUCGAGCCUCAAUUCGGGCUGUAUUCGUCCUUUAUGGGUGUCCUGAUCUACUGGUUCUUUGCCACUUCCAAGGAUAUCACAAUCGGACCUGUCGCUGUCAUGUCUCAAGUGACUGGCAAUGUCGUUGCGGACCUGGGCAAGGAGUUCCCCGACCUUCCAUCACACUUUAUUGCUUCAGCACUUGCCAUCCUCUGCGGUGCCAUCGUCUUCUUCAUCGGCGCAAUCCGGCUUGGCUGGAUCGUUGACAUGAUCCCCCUCGUGGCUCUGUCAGCCUUCAUGACCGGGUCGGCAAUCAACAUCCUCGUUGGCCAAGUCCCGACCAUGAUGGGCAUCAAAUUCCCGAAGCCUUGGACUACUCGAGACUCGACAUACCGCGUCAUCAUCAACACGCUGAAGUACCUCCCAACGACCAAACUCGACGCUGCGAUGGGCUUGACGGCGCUGGUCAUGCUCUACGCCAUUCGAACUGCGUGCUCGUUCGCCGCCAAGAAGUAUCCGAGACGCCAGAAGUUGAUUUUCUUCGUCUCGACGUUGCGCACCGUCUUUGUCAUCUUGCUGUACACCAUGAUCAGCUGGCUUGUCAACAUGCACCGCAGGUCGGAUCCCGCGUUCAAGAUCCUCGGUAGUGUACCCAGAGGUUUCCAGAACGCCGCGGUCCCCAGGCUGGACAAGGAGCUCGCCAGCGGCCUCGUGUCAUACCUCCCGGCCUCGUGCAUUGUACUUCUGAUCGAGCAUAUUGCCAUCUCCAAGUCCUUCGGCCGGGUGAACAACUACGCGAUCAACCCGUCGCAGGAGAUGGUUGCCAUCGGAGUCACAAAUCUGCUGGCGCCGUUCCUGGGAGCCUACCCUGCCACGGGAUCCUUCAGCCGCACUGCCAUCAAGGCCAGAGCCGGCGUCCGGACUCCGUUUGCUGGUGUCAUCUCGGCCAUCGUCGUCCUCCUGGCCAUCUAUGCCCUCCCCGCGGUCUUCUUCUACAUCCCCAGCCCCUCGCUGGCUGCUGUGAUCAUCCACGCUGUCGGCGACCUGGUGACCCCUCCCAACACUGUGUACCAGUUCUGGCGCGUCUCUCCCUUCGAGGUCUUCAUCUUCUUCGUGGGUGUCUUGGUGACCAUCUUCACAACCAUCGAGGAUGGAAUCUACUGCACCAUCUGCAUCUCAGCCGCGAUGCUGCUGUUCCGCAUCCUUCGGACCCGCGGCCGCUUCCUCGGACGCAUCAAGGUCCACUCCGUGCUCGGCGACCAGGUCAUCGGCAACGAGUCGAACCGGGCGAUUGGCGAGUAUGGCACUUUCUCGGGCCAGAGGUCCGCCCACCACGAGGAACCACAGACGCGCAACAUCUUCCUCCCCAUCGACCACGGCGACGGCUCCAACCCAGCCGUAGAGCUUGACCAGCCUUACCCCGGCGUGUUCAUCUACCGCUUCAGUGAAGGCUUCAGCUACCCCAACGCCAGCGUCACCCUCGAGUACAUGACCGACUAUAUCUUCGAGCGGACCCGCAAGACCAACAUGCAGGAGUUCGCGCGCCCCGGCGACCGGCCCUGGAACGACCCGGGCCCGUCCAAGCGCGCGCUCAAGAAGGCAGCGGCCGCCAACGUAAACAUCCACGCCGACGAGGAGAAGCGCCCCACGCUCAAGGCGGUCAUCCUCGACUUCAGCUCCGUCAACUUCGUCGACAUCACCUCGGUCCAGCAACUCAUCGACGUGCGCAACCAGCUCGACCGGUACACGGCCCCCGAGUACGUCGACUGGCACAUCGCCUGCAUCAACAACCGCUGGACCAAGCGCGCCCUCGUCGCCGCCGGCUUCGGCUACCCCACCGAGCGGCCCGACGGCCUGCACCACCGAUGGCAGAGCAUCUUCUCCGUCGCCGAGAUGGGCGGCGAGGACUCGGCCGCCGCGGCGGAGGAGGCGCGGCUGAAUGAAAAGACGGUCAGGGAGCGCGAGGCCUCGGAGCACGACGUCGAGGGUGGCCUGCGCGGCACCCGCGGCGCCGGCGCGCAAGACGGCAUCGAAGUGGCCGAGACGGGCAGUGCCAGCGUGGGCAGCUCGCAGGAUGAGGAGCUCAAGGGCUUCCGGGCGACGGCGAGCAAGUCGCCCGGCCUGAGGCAGCGGAGGGCGGUCGCCGUACACGGCCUCAACCGGCCGCUAUUCCACGUCGACCUGACGAGUGCACUGCAGAGUGCCAUCACGAACAUCGAAGCUAGGAGCUCCGGUGCACCGAGGAGGUCGACGGGCAGCGGGGCUGGCGAGACAGGCAAGGACCUCUAG